AUUAUUAUAUUUGUAUUUGCUUCAGAAUUGGUGAAGACUGAGGAGGGCGCACCAUGAAAGAUACGGAGAUAAAGAGACUGCUGUCUGCCAAUGUUAUCUGCAUAUUUUCCAUUAUUAUCACAACUGUUCUUCCUUCUCUGUUUUUGAAGAAUUUUUCACUCUUGGGAACUCAUCUGACAUGGCUGUGCAUCUGUUCAGCAACUGUUGGGACUGUAAAUGUAGUUUUGCAUAUUAUUCUUAAUCCAAAUCCAUCUUCUAGAAGGAGUUCUCUUGCUCAUAAGGUCGCAAGGUUUCUAAGAUCCUGUGUGUACUUUUUUAUGUCUUGUAUCCUCUUCCAUGGAAUCAUAGUUCUUUAUGGAGCACCAUUAAUAGAAUCUGUCUUGGAGACCUUUUUAUUUGCUGUCCUUCUGUCCACCUUUACUACUUUGCACUGCUUGUGUUUGCUGGGACCAAACAUUCACGUGUGGCUCAGAGUGUUUAGUAAAAAUGGGGCUAUGUCAAUUUGGUAUAACAACCUUCAGAUUACCAGCAUGUGCAGCGUAGUGGGUGCAUGGCUUGGAGCAUUUCCUAUUCCAUUGGAUUGGGAUAGACCAUGGCAGGUUUGGCCCAUCUCUUGUUCGCUUGGAGCCACUCUGGGCUAUGUGUCCGGUCUUCUUUUUGCACCCUUGUGGAUAUACUGGAACAGGAAGAAGCUUACAUACAAAAGCAGAUAACUGGAGCAAAGAGGGAAGGCGUCUUUGUUGUUGUGCUGACUCCAUAAAGACUGUGCAGACUAUGGUCAAAAAGCAGAAGCCUAUCCAAACAUCUUCAAACAUCUUGGGGCUGGUGUUCCUCCUCUCGAAACACGGCUUGCAUGCUGGGGCAACAUGAGGAGACAUCUGUCGCUUGCCCUAAAUUAUGUUACCCCUGAGAGAUUGUACUUUCCUUCCAGUCUGAAUAAAGUAUUUGUAACAGA